AUGUCUGGUUCACCUUCACAACCGGCUCCUGUUGACCUAUUAGCUUUAAAUGACGCCCAGCUUCGCGAGAUUCUGGAGAAAAGCCGGCAGCCAGAUGGCUCAUAUGAGCUUCUGGUGACUAAUGACUGUGGUCUAUGGUCGCAAGAAGAGCGAGAUGGCCUCGCCCAAAGACUCAAGACCAUACAGGCGAACUCACGUCCGCUUGACGUCGACAAGCUGGAGGCACUCUUGCAACAGGUGUCCAACAGAGACGAUGAUGCCUCAUCGCCGACCCGACGGCGAAGAAGCGAAUCAAGCGAAUCAAGAGAAACCGGACCGAUACCAGAUGAGCGAGAGACAUAUAUGCAAAACGAGACGGAGGCAUAUGAUAAUCUUGUCAAGGAUGGUGGUCGUCCGCUGUGUCCAAUUGGCAUGUUGGAACCGGUUUCCCAUGACCCUGAGGCGCACCUGGAGAUGCUGCGCCCCUUUUGGAGAACACCCCAUCCUGAUAACCUGACGAACCUUGACGGCUUCCUCCAACAAGAGGUAUUCCAGAGACAACAGCUAAGGUGGCGCAACUUUCGCAGGUGGCAACUCGACAACAGAAGGAUGGAGGAAGAAGGAGAAGACGACGAGUUUCUGGCCCAUGUCGAGGAAUUGAAGAGUGCAUGCAGAAAAGUAGGCUGGGGUCACUACGCGGAUGAGAUCGAAGCCAAUCCAGAAAUCUUGAAGAGGAGGGGAGAAGUAUGCCGGGGUGGCGAGGCUGCGGAAGUCGAGGAGGAGAAGCUUCUCGAGAGGGCGGCCAAGGACCCUGCGUGCGCGUGGAUGCUAGUCGAGGCCAAGAAUAGGACUUUGGCGGCGAACGAAGCGCAAGUAUUGGCUUGGCGACGGAAUGAGGUCAUUGUCGAUUUUGUUCGCGAGACAACUCCCCUUCUCAUCGAGAAACACCACGCAGAGUGCCAGAUGCAGCUUUUGGCGUGGGCAGUCGCCCAGGCUCAUUCGCUCGAGGCCGAGCUGACAGGAGCGUCUUGCAGCGAGACUGGCUCGGAAGACGGCUCAUCCAAUAAGAGGAAGAAGAAGACGAAGGGAGUGCGAUUCGAGCAUGGAUCGAUGCGGCCAAAGUCCAACGCUCAAGGGAGCAGCCAGCAAGCCAACAAUGACGGACCUGGAGCGGUAGGCACGGCGACCUUGCCUACACGAGGCUUCAGCACAUCGGAUUAA